AUGUACCAACGAGGCGGAGAAUCCGAGGAUGAGCGGCUCGCUAGGAGGCUUCAGGAAGAGGAAGAGCGCUCCUUAUCCAGCCAAAUGUCUCACCAGCAAGAAAUGGCUCGUCUCACCCCACAAGAGCAGCAAGAUAUGAUGCUGGCACGGCAGAUGCAAGAAAUGCAUUAUGGAGGGAGUGCUACCAUGACCGACCCACAAAGACAUCGCAGAGCUCAAAUGAUUUCUGGAGAUUACGGUGGAGGGCAGCGGAAUAUUGGGAGUGAUCCAUCGGGCACCUACGGAGGAGGUAACAACAACAAACAACCACCUGGACAAGGAGCCAACCGAGAAGAUAGGCUUGCUUAUGCCAGAAGACUACAGGAAGAAGCGUUUCAAAGAGUACAUGAAACGGCUGCAAAGCCAAAAAAAAGCACAGAAGAGUCUGAUCUUGAACUAGCAAUGAAGAUGCAGAUUGAAGAAUCAGAACCAGCUCCACAAGGCCAAGAGGACGAAGAUCUCAAGCUGGCCAGAUUCAUGGAAGAGAGCGGAGUCAGUAUCAGAGACCUAGAUGAGGAUGGUCUAUCGGCAAUCAAAGAAAAGGCACUGACAUCAUCUAGCAGUUUGGACAACUCUAGUAGCUCCGCCAACAGGAAUAAUCGUGGUGCUGGCGGCGGUGGACUUUUGGGUGGAAUGUAUGGUGCCCGCAGAGACGAUUCCGAUGACGAAAGCAUCGAGUUUGGUUUCAACAAUAGAGGGAAUCAAAACAUGCCACCGGGAGUUCCCUCCGCCAUCCCGCCACCACGGGGAAUCGCUUCAAAUGGUAUCCCAGCAGCGAUCCCUCCAGCGUCCGUGCCUUCGAGCAUCCCCGCUCCCGGACGAAAACCAGCUCCAAAGACGGCACCCAAGCCAGCACCCAAUCCUCCCCCCGGGGUCCCAGCGGCAAUUCCACCCGCUUCCACUCCUGCAGCGAUUCCAGCUGCAGCGUCCAUCCCAGCUGCAGCAUCCAUCCCGGCGGCAAUUCCACCAGCCAACACUUCACGCAAGGCACCGCCAAUGGCUUCGCUUGGUCUCCCAAGUGGCAGAGCAGCAUCGAUAAGACUUAGUUCCAAUACUCGAGGACAGGAGUUCCAGAGACAAGUCCCGAAAAUAUCCAAAUCAAGUGGUGCCGGAAGCACAGGCCUCUCCAGAUCGGUACCCUCGGCAUCCAAGUCGUUUGGUCAUCCUCGGUCUGGUGCAAGUGGUACACCAUCGAGGAGCUUGCCGGCAAAUACACAGCAAUCUGCCAUGAACUUGAUGGCGAUGAGGAAUGCGGCAAGGAGUAAUACCAGGCCGGACCGUUCGGUGUCGCCAUCUCGCGGCAAAAAGAAUAAGCACAAACGAAAUAAGUCAUCCGAUUUGAUGUCUUCGAUGCUGGGGGAUCUGCCGCCUGGCGUGAACAUGGGAAGCGCCAAUGAUCCAGACGCCUUGUUUAUGGACGAUCACAUGCCUGAUAUAUCCGACACGCAGAAUCAUCACAAAAAGGAGAAGAAAAAAGGCAAGAAAAUUCUAUCCAGAUUGUUUGGUGGGAAAAGCAGCAGCAAUGAGACAAAGAACAACAACACGCAAGUCAGCGGGAUUCCCGAUGCCAUUCCACCAGCAAUCCCCGGACCACCCGGUGGAAUGGCGGAGGCUGGGCCUUUACCCCACUCUGUUACCGGGAACAGGAAUAUUGCACAGAAUUCUCUCCGUACGAGCUUCUCAUCCACACCACAACAAACAGCCCAAACCCACGAGAAGAAAGCUGCCUGUACCGUUUGCGGUGGCCGAUCUGGGAAAAUGUUGGUCGCCAUGGACAGAAGGUUUCAUGUCGAUUGUUUUAGAUGCAUGUCCUGCAACGAGGUCAUUGAUCCUACCAGCGUGUUUGCAGUGUCAGUGGAUCCUUUGGGCGAACAACAACCACUGCAUAGGAAAUGCUAUGCAGAGUUUUACGGGGUCCAGUGCGCGGUAUGCAAACGAGCAAUUCCAGCCAACACCGACGGAUCCGUGUCUUUCAUCAAACACCCCUUCUUCAGCUCGGAGCAAAUGUGCCCACGCCAUGCUGACGAACAAGGCAGGCGGCGUUGCACUGGCUGCCAUCGUUUCGAACCAGAGGACGAACCGUUUGCCGACUUGAACGAUGGAGAUCGUUGCGUGUGCUACGCCUGUUGCCGUACUGUCAUCAUGAAUAACACGGACGUCAAGCCCCUCUGGCAAGAGGUCCUUAAAUACUUUGAGUUCCAGCUUUGCUUGCCAAUCUGGGAGGAAAUGAGAGAAAUCCCCAUUUUGGUUGUCGGGCAAGCUGCAUUGAACGAGACGCAAUUGAACUCUGCGACGUCAGCUCAUGGCGAUUCGUCUCAGAUCAUGACGAGGGGACUUUGCCUUUCAGAGCACGAAGGAAGCAUGAGUUUCAGGGUGCCUUCUCAAAGGUUCAACGACAGCACGGCCAGUUUUGAAGCAUGCAAUCAUUCUGGAUUCAUGAAUUUUGAUAUUGGUCCACUCAGAGGAAACUCCAAGUCGGAGGUGAUGGCAAUUUUGUGCCUCUCGGGCUUGCCGCGCGAUCUGACUGCAAGUGUGUUGGCGCAUGAAGCAACUCAUGCGUGGAUUAAACUUCAUCCAGAUUUUAAAGUGCGAAGGUCCCUCCCAGCUCAAGUCGAAGAAGGAUGUGCACAACUGGUUGCUUACCUAUUCUUGAGCGAUGGGCUAGAACCGCCACGAAGGCAUAGUGGUAUGGGUCCGUCUGAUGAAAAGUUAAGGCAGUACUUCAAGUUCAGCAUUGAAACAGACGACAACGACAUCUACGGAGAGGGCUACCGAAGAGCAGCAUUGGCUUACUCGACAAUUGGUAUCGAAGCCCUGUUGAACCAUGUCGUUCGCUAUCAGUCAUUUCCAGAUUGUUAG